AUGGUGAAGCAACGGAAGUCUAAGGGUUCAGAUACCCUGCAAAGUCCCACUGAAGUCGCUGCUCCAGAUUUAACGAUUAGUCCGAUGAAAAAAGCCAAAACGAAUGGAUUAUUAGAAGAGGCUGACAGUGAAAGGAACGUUCCUAAGGAAAACGGUGACACAGAUAAAGGAAAGAAAGCAAAGUCGCUCACAAUGGGCCAGCUCGCGGAGCAGCAGAGAGUCGAUAGCGAAGUGAAGCUUUCCGAGACAUCUAAUGUUUCACUCGCAGUUCAACUUACGCAAGGUCUCAUGUCUAAUGAUGUGGUGAAGCUGGAUAGCGUUCUACGUGAAGUUAGAGUGGAGGAUCAUACAGAAGCAACUCUGCUGGAUCUCCAAGUAUCGCAUGUGGUCCCUUUACUGAAGGUGCUGUUUGAAAGACUCAGCAGUCGGUCUGCAACCAACAUCAAACCGUGGAUCUUGUGGAUACAGUGCAUACUGUCUCUUCAUGCGUCUUACCUGAGCUCGAUACGAAAUCUUGAAACUGAAUUGAGUGGAUUGUUGGAAUGGAUGCGACAGCGGAUUGGACAUCAACAAAAACUACUUGAACUACAUGGUAGACUGAGUAUUGUUGGUGAACAGAUCGGACGCCGCAUGAAUCGCACGGUUGUUGUGGCACCGAAACCUCUCAUAGUCUUCAAUGACGGUUGGUACAAUUUUCACUUUUCAUGUUUUAUUGCUCACCACGGAUAA